GUUGGAUCCGAUAUGCUGAAAGGGUACUUACCAAUCUUGUGACCUCUCACAUUUGCACUGCAAAGUCUCCACAGCAGAUCAUGGGCUCCCUGGUGAAGGGCUACUUUGCCAGGCAGCAGAACUUGUCUCCUGAUAAAAUUUUCCAUGUAAUUGUGGCGCCUUGUUAUGACAAAAAACUGGAAGCCUUGCGGGAAGAUUUCUACACUGCCUUGUAUAAUUCGCAAGAAGUUGAUUGUGUUCUGACAUCAGGUGAAAUUGUCCAAAUAAUGGAACAGAAAAAUGUGUCUAUGAAAGAUGUGACUGAAGUAGCUGUAGAUAGUUUGUUUGAUGACGUAAAGGAGGGAGAGGUAGUGAGGCAUGAUGGGAAGAGAUCUGAUGGUUAUCUGGAACACAUUUUUAAACAUGCUGCAAAGGAGCUUUUUGGCAUGGAUGUCAAGGAAAUCACCUACAAAGCAUUAAAGAACAAGGACUUUCAAGAAGUUACUCUUGAAAAGGAUGGUGAGACCGUGCUGCGUUUUGCAGCAGCAUAUGGCUUUAGAAAUAUCCAAAACAUGGUUCUGAAGUUGAAAAAAGGAAAGUUUUUAUACCAUUUUGUAGAAGUCCUUGCCUGCCCAGGAGGGUGCCUAAAUGGAAAAGGUCAGGCACAGACCGAAGAUGGAAAACCAGAUAAAGCACUGCUUAACCAGAUGGAAGAGGUGUAUGCUGCCAUACCUGUCAGGCUUCCAGAAACCAACGUGCAUGUACAGAAGAUGUACCAGGACUGGCUGGAAGGUGUGGACUCUAAGAAGGUUCAGGAAACUUUGCACACCAGAUACAGCGCAGUAAAUCAAACAGCAAGCAAUUUGGAUAUCAAAUGGUAAUAAAUCAAACUUGCAAAAGAUUUGCUUAGGUUAGCUACAGAUUCAGCACUGGAAACAUUCUAUG